UAUAAACCAUAUCACUCUCUAAUCGGCCCCUCCUCGCUCUAUCAUUUUCUCAAACAACCAAUCGACUCUCCCAGAAAUCGUACAUCGACUGUGAAUUAAUCGGCGAUUCCAUCAGAUUGAAAGUAAAAAUAAAUAAAUAAAUAAAGAAUCGACGAUGUCUCUAAGACCGAACGCGAGGGCGGAGGUCCGGCGGAACAGGUACAAGGUGGCGGUUGAUGCGGAGGAAGGCCGACGGAGGAGAGAAGACAACAUGGUCGAGAUCCGAAAGAACAAGAGAGAAGAAAACCUUCUUAAGAAACGCCGCGAAGGACUUCUCUCUCAACAACAACAGCCGCAGCAACAGCAGCUGCUCUCUUCCGCCGCCGGGUCCGAGAAAACGUUAGAAAGUCUUCCCGCCAUGGUUGCGGGUGUUUGGUCAGAUGACAGGAAUAUGCAGCUUGAGGCAACUACUCAAUUCAGAAAGCUGCUAUCAAUAGAACGUAGUCCUCCGAUCAACGAAGUUGUACAGUCAGGUGUUAUUCCUCGCUUUGUUGAGUUCCUUGCAAGGGAUGACUUCCCACAGCUUCAGUUUGAGGCAGCUUGGGCUCUCACAAAUAUUGCUUCAGGGACAUCAGAUAACACCAGGGUUGUGAUUGAUCAUGGAGCUGUCCCUAUAUUUGUUAAACUCCUAGGUUCUCCAACUGAUGAUGUUCGUGAACAGGCUGUUUGGGCAUUAGGAAAUGUUGCUGGAGACUCUCCUAAGUGUCGCGACCUGGUCCUUGGCCAUGGGGCAUUGAUGCCACUGUUGGCACAAUUCAAUGAUCAUGCAAAGCUCUCUAUGUUGCGAAAUGCUACUUGGACUUUAUCCAACUUUUGUCGGGGCAAACCACAGCCUUCAUUUGAGCAGACAAGACCAGCUUUGCCGACUCUUGAACGCCUUAUUCAUUCAAAUGAUGAGGAAGUCCUUACAGAUGCAUGCUGGGCCCUAUCAUAUCUCUCAGAUGGUACUAAUGAUAAAAUCCAAGCUGUUAUUGAUUCAGGUGUCUGCCCUCGACUUGUUGAGCUUUUGCUUCAUCCAUCCCCAACUGUCCUAAUUCCUGCACUUCGCACUGUUGGAAAUAUUGUUACAGGGGAUGAUAUGCAGACUCAGUGUAUAAUAAACCACCAAUCCCUUCCAUGCCUUCUGAACCUGUUGACAAGUAACUAUAAAAAGAGUAUCAAGAAGGAAGCUUGCUGGACCAUCUCAAACAUCACUGCAGGAAAUGUAGAUCAGAUACAGGCUGUAAUCAGCGCUGGCAUUUUUGCCCCUCUAGUCCAUCUACUUCAAAACGCAGAGUUUGAAAUCAAGAAAGAAGCUGCUUGGGCAAUUUCAAAUGCUACCUCCGGCGGCACCCACGAACAGAUAAAGUUCCUGGUGAGCCAAGGUUGCAUUAAGCCAUUGUGCGAUCUUCUAAACUGUCCAGACCCAAGAAUUGUGACAGUUUGUUUAGAAGGCCUUGAGAACAUUCUGAAGGUUGGGGUAGCUGAGAAAAAUUUGGGUCACACCGGAGAGGUCAAUCUCUAUGCCCAGUUAAUUGAUGAUGCUGAGGGGUUGGAAAAGAUUGAAAACCUCCAGAGUCAUGACAACAAUGAAAUCUAUGAGAAGGCGGUAAAGAUUCUUGAAACAUAUUGGGUGGAAGAAGAAGAUGAGCCAUUACCCCCUGGUGAUGCUUCUCAAUCUGGGUUCCAAUUCGGAGGCAAUCAACUUCCUGUUCCUUCUGGUGGAUUCAAUUUCAGUUGAAGGACACAUGGUUGGAGUAGUAGGAAAGGGGAUUAAGGUCGGGUAUUUUAUCUCGGUGUUUGGUUUCGGUAUUCACAUACAGUUGAAGUGAUGCCAAAGUGUGUGAUUAAGAAGUCAUCUCAAUAAAGACGGGUGAAUGACACACCAUCAUGGUAAAAUUGUUCGAGGAGAGAGUGUCUGGUAAAACCGUUUAAAUACUUAUUUUACUUCUCCAUACGGUAAUUAAAAUUCUUUCACAGCAUCCUUGUUACUGGAUGCAAGGGUGAGUUUAUUUUUCUUUAUAUAUAUUAUAUACAUAUAUGUUUGUCUUUGUUUUCACUGUAGUGGGUAGUUGUGGUUUCUGAUCAUAAAGAGCCACCAAUAUCAGUUUUGAGAAGGGAUUAUUUAUCUUUUUCAUGUAAUGUAUGAUUUCUUUAGAAACAAAAACAAAAACGACACAUGGUUUCCCA